UCACGCCUCUUCCGGGUCCCGGGUUUCGCGGCAGGUUCGUCGCGAUCUGCCCGCGGGGUCCGGCCCCACAGACUCGAAAAAUUCAGCGGCAGCUCUGCCAACGCACGGGGAGCUCGUGCUCCGCGGUCUCACGCUCUAGUCCGCGAACCGCGUGCGAAGCUGGGCCUCGGCGGCCGGGGCGAAUCGGCGGAGGGGUGGUAGCGGCGGGGCUGCCCGUGAGCGCGCCGGCGAGACUCCGGGACCGAGUGGGAUGGAUCCAGCGCAGUCUGCAGUCACGCUCACCGUCCGGGAAGCACUUCAUACCCUUUCCUCUUCUGAGGAUGGCGGCCGCCUCCUUUCCACCCUGGGGGCCCUGAAGCGGUAUCUCAGUGGAGCAGAGAACUCAGCCCUUCCCGGGGAGCAGGAGGAGUUUGCCAGGAUGCACUUUUCCGCUGUUCUCCGAUGUCUAGUGGGCAGGCUGAGCCCAGGCUGGCUGGAGCUUCUGCCCGACGGCCAGCUGGAGGACCUGUGGGCCAGCUUUUUCCUGGAGGGCCCUGCUGACCAAGCCUUCCUGGUGCUGAUGGAGUCCAUCGAGGGUGCCGCCGGCCCGAGCUUCCGUCUGAUGAAGAUGGCGCAGCUGCUGGCCAGGUUCCUGAGCGCGGGUAGGAUGGCCGCGGUGAUGGAGGGCCAGUCUCGGCAGCUGACGGAGCCGGCCUUCCGCCUGCUCCAGGAGACGCUCCUCACCAAGGUGGUGGGCUUGCCCGACCACCUAGGCAACCGUCUGCAGCGGGAGAACCUGGAAGCAUUCCUCCCCCAGAAUUACUUCCCUCUGCUCGGGGAGGAGAUCAUGCGGGUGCUGCAGGCGGUGGUGGACUCUCUCCGAGGUGGCUGGGACUGCUCCGUCUCCUUCCUGUCUCAGGUGCUCGGGAAGGCCUGUGUCCACGGGAGACAGAAGGAAAUCUUGGGCGUGCUGGUGCCGCGGCUGACGGCGCUCACCCAGGGCAGCUGCCUCUGGCGGCGCGUGUGCUGGCGCCUGGUGGAGUGUGUGCCCGACCGGGCCAUGGAGGCUCUGCUAACGGGACUGGUGGAGGCUGCCUCGGGGCCCGACGUCCUCUCGCGGCUCCUGGGGAACCUGGUGUUGAAGAGUAAGAAGGCCCAGUUUGUGAUGACCCGAAAAAUUCUGUUCCUACAGUAUCGAUACUCGACGCCCAUGCUACAGAGCCUGCUGGGGUACCUGGCCAUGGACAGUCAGCGGCGCCUGCUCCUCAGACAGGUGCUGAAGGAGCUCCUGGAGACGUGGGGCAGCCCCAGUGCUGUCCGCCACACGCCUCUGCCGCAGCAACGCUACGUUAGCUCGGCCCUGCUCAUCUGCCUGGCGCACCUGCAGGACACGGAGCUCCGGGACAGCCGGGACGAGCUGCUGGCUAGCCUCAUGGCGGGAGUAAAGACUCGUCUGGACAGCAGCCUGCCCGCUGUGCGCCGCCUGGGCAUGAUUGUGGCCGGAGUAGCCAGCACCCGGAUCCACCCUGACGGGCCUCCCUUGAGGUUCCAGUACGAAGAGGAUGAGCUGAGCCGCGAGCUGCUGGCCCUGGCGGCGCCCCCGCCUGUGGCUGACAGCCCCUCGGAGGCGGAGGCAAGCCCGGCUGUAGAGACCCCUGACAGAGGGAGCAUGGAUGGUGGCGUCCCCCAGGCCCAGUCGGAGGGCUUGGGCUCUGACCUGGACAGUGACGAUGAGCUUGUCCCCUAUGACAUGUCGGGGGACCAAGAGCUGAAGAGUGGGAAGGCACCUGCCUAUGUCCGGGACUGCGUGGAAGCCCUGACCUCAUCCGAGGACUGGGAGCGCUGGGAGGCAACCCUGCGAGCCCUUGAGGGGCUGAUUGUCAGGAGCCCGGCUGCCGCCCGCGAGGUGAGCGUGGAGCUGGCCAAGGUGCUCUUGCACCUGGAGGAGAAGACGAGCGUGGUGGGGUUUGAGGGGCUGCGCCAGCGAGCCCUGGUGGCUGUCGUGGUCACAGACCCGGCCCUGGUCGCAGAGUAUCUGACCUCACAAUUCUACGCCCUCAACUUCAGCCUCCGGCAGCGCAUGGACAUCCUGGACGUCCUGACUCUGGCUGCCCAGCAGCUGUCUCGGCCUGGGCGCCUCCCCAAGGCUCCCCAGUGUGGCUCCCCGAGUCCCACCUCCCAGCCCAGCAGCACCCAGGCUCCCGCCUGGCGGGCAGUCGUGCAGGAGCGGAUCAGAAGCAAGACCCGGCGGUUCUCUCAGCGCUCUCCCAGGUGGGGGCCGGACGCUGGCCCCAACGAAUUCAACUUGGUGGCUGGCUACUUCUUCUUCCCCCUCAUUCGGCACUUUGACAGGCCUCUGGUGACCUUUGACCUUUUGGGAGAGGACCAAUUGGUUCUUGGGAGAUUGGUCCACACCUUAGGGGCCCUGAUGUACCUGGCUGUGAACACCACGGUGGCUGUGGCCAUGGGCAAGGCCCUCUUGGAGUUUGUGUGGACCCUUCGCUUCCAUGGUGACGCCUAUGUGCGCCGGGGCCUGCUGUCCGCAGUCUCCUCUGUCCUGCUCAGCGUUCCGGCCGAGCGACUGCUGGCCGACCUGCCUGAUGAGCUGCUGGAAGCCCGGCCCUGGCUGGCGGAUGUGGCAGAGCAGGACCCCGAUGAGGACUGCAGGGUGCUGGCGGUGAAAGCGCUCCUGCUUCUGGAGAAGCUCAGAGACACACUUGUCCCGCUGUCAUCUCCUUAGUCCCUGCUCAAGAAGGCCCUGCCCCGCUGGGGCUAGCCCAGCUGGCCUGAGGGCUCUGCCAGCGGUCCAUGCGAGGGCCUCCGGUGCUGCCCCCGUGGACAGGGCCACCUGAACGUGGCCCAGGGGUCCCGAGGAGGGAGGGAGCCGCUGGGGCCCCUGCGGGCUGCUUCUUAGCCUGUCCCCAAGCCCCUUCCUCACCCGAAUGCAGACUUUAAAAAACCACAAAAAGGAAGAAUAAA